AUGUGUUGUGUUUUGGGUUAUCUUCUGUCAGUAUUUUCUUCAGCCUUACCGACUGAUGUUAUUUUGAGAAACUUCGAAGAAGGACCGCGUUAUCAGUAUGCAGAAGAUUCAAACGGGGCAAUCCAUUUAGUGGACUUGUGGUUAACUCUCGGAGAUGUAUUCAAUAUCGCCAGAUUCAAUCCAGAUUCAUCUAAUGUAUACCAUUUAUUCACAAGAGCUAACCCGACUGUAAGCCAACCAUUGCUAGUCAAUAAUGCCUUGCUAUUGACAAGAUCUAACUACAAUAGCAAUAGAAGAACCAUAGUACUUAUCCACGGAUGGCUGAAUUCAGCGACAUCUGAUUUCAACAGUGUUAUUGUACCGGCUUUAUUGAGAGCUGAAGAUUUAAAUGUAAUAGUGGUGGAUUGGAGCAUAGGAGCCAGUGCUCUCACACAUAGAGUAGUAAAUGAAAACACUGUGCAAUCCGGUAAAGCUGUAGCUCGAUUCAUAACGUGGUUGAAUCAACAAUCUGGAUCUACUCUCGCUCAGUAUCACAUAAUUGGCCACGGACUUGGUGGACACCAAGCUGGUGUUGUUGGAAGAAAUCUUCAGGGACUUGUACCUUAUAUUACAGGUCUAGAUCCAGCUAUGAUUGGCUGGGCGACCAACAUCAACAAGUUUCAUAGAAAUGACGGCCUGUACACGGAAGUUAUCCACACCAACUAUGGCGUAUACGGCUAUAUUGCAGAUCUGGGACAAAUGGACUUUUACCCUAAUGGUGGUAUAUCAAUGCCAGGAUGUGAUUCCAAUGCUUGCGAUCACGCUAGAGCCUUCUUUUAUAUGGCAGAAUCGAUAACAUCUGGGGGUUUCACUGGAAGGCAAUGUUUAAACUACUAUGCCGCUGUUUUGGGGAUGUGUUCUGGACCUAGAACCGCGCGAAUGGGUGGACUGGUCCCAAAGACAGGGUCAAACGGUGUUUUCUUACUGGAGACUAAUGCAGCUCCCCCAUUUUCAAAGGGUUAAAUGGAUUAUUUAUCAAUGUUGUAAAUAAAU